AUGACAAGGCAGAAAAUUUUUGAGCUCCAUCCUGAGGGGUGGCAGUCCGACCCCCAGGAUGAAUAUUUCAAACUGUCCACGUUAGACUACUGCGUCGGGCAAGUAUUUUGCAAUUAUGCCCUAUUUUUUCGGAUCUCGGAUGACGACAAACCCAAGACUAUUUCGGCGUUGAAGCGUGCAUUGGAAAUCACACUUAGCCAAUGCCGGCAACUUUGCUGCACAGUCGAAAAAAGUCAAGACGGCAACGGAUUCUGCUUCCACAAGACAAGAGAAAGCACGGUCGAAUUUCACGUCCAGUGGCUUGACGGGCAUGAAGAUGACCCUGAGGGUAAAUUUCCGUCUUUCGAGGAUCUGGAGAGGCGUCAUUUUGUUUCGCAAGCGCUUGGGGACAUGAAAACAUGGUGCAUUCCCCCGAUGACGUACGGCGAGAAGCCCGAAGCACAGCCGCGGAACCGACCGAAGGCUUCGGCUUUCAAGGCAACAUUCAUCCGCGGCGGCAUGGUUCUUAUGAUGCACCAUCAUCACUACGCCAAUGACGUGAUGGGUUGGGCAGGAGAAUUGCAUCAGCUUGCUGAGAAUUGCGCUGCUGUUUGGAAAUCCCCUGGGAAUCCAGACCUUCCACAUUGGGAUCCGGCUUGUCUGAAUCUAUCCAGAAUUACAAAGCCGGAUCCUCCCGAGGAACAACUCGUCAACGGACCAGUGCCUCCUCUUCGACAUCCCGAUCAUAGGCCUGGUCAAUGGCUACUGUUUCAUUUGCCAAAAAGCAAGGCUGCUGAAUUGAAAAGGAUUGCGAGUCCUACGGACGGUAGUUACUGGAUCUCAACGUAUGAUGCAUAUAUGGCAUACAUCUGGCGUGUUCUAUCAAAACACCGUGCGAAGCUUUUCAAGCCAGAUUUAAAACAGAACAUUAUCUGGGGCGAGGCAGUAGACAUGCGAAGGCGUUUCCAUGAUCCGCCAGUGCCACAACGGAUCCAGCAAAACGUUGUUUUCGUGGCGUUGAGCUUUCAGAGUCAUCAUAUUCCACAACUCACUGCAGCUGAAGUCAUCUCAGAGGCACCAUUGUCGAAGCUAGCCUGGUAUAUCCGUCAACUCACCAACAGUGUUACUCAAGAGAAUCUUGAUGCUGCACUCACGGGAAUCGCUGCCGUCCGCGACAAGACAACGCUGUUCCUACGCACCGAUAGCUUCCCACCCAUGAGCAACUUCACAAGUGAGUGGCGUGAUGUGAGAGCAUGCGAGGCUGACUUUGGUUUCGGUCGGCCGCAUGCAUUUCGGUUCCCUUUCGACACGGUCACAGCUGGAUUGGCCGUCGUCUACCCCGUAAGAACGAAUGGCGCACCCGCUGGAGAUGAUGAGGGCAACGAGUUCAUCAUUGGCUUUGAGAAGGAGCUUGCCGCCGAUUUGAUUGCGGACCCAGAAUGGAACAUGUACUUCGAGUUCAGAGGCGUUGAUGCCGAGGAAAGGUCAUCGGCUGGUACUUGA